GUAAAAAACCCCCUCGAGGACCGGGAAAGUCGAGUGUCGUGGAGCGGCCCGGCCCGCGGCUAAUAUAUCCGACCCGGCCAAGUGGAACGAAAGAUCUGACUGAAUUGCAUUCAUGACGCCUCUUCGACGUCAUAGAGGGACAGGAUUACCAAGAUAACUUGAAGAAGAUUGUUGAAAUAACUACAAUUAAAUAUUUCAUACAUAUCCUUGAAAAUAUUUUGGAAUUGGUUAACUCUUUACACUAAGGGAUUAAUGGUGUGAUUAUUAGUUGAGGCGUCUUAUGUUAAAGGCCAGAAUCCGCGGCAAACUCUGUCGACAUCUUACUACUUAUCCCUAGCACUCAUAUUUCAUCUAAGUACCAAUCUUUGAAACUCAUAACCUCGCAUCAUCUAUCUACCAAGUCAACAACCCCAAGAAAAACAAGGCAAAAUAGUAAAAUCAUGACUCCACUUCCAGGGGGUUGUUACUGCGGUCUAAUAAAAUACAUCAUCACACUCGAGGACCCGGAGUCGCAAGCACGCACGAGCAUCUGCCACUGCGGUAACUGCAAGAAGUUUGGGGGCGGCGAGCACGGCAUCACAACUAAGAUCCCCAAGUCAGCAUUCAAGAUUACUCAAGGGACGGAUCAUAUAAAAAUACACGAAGCGGACAACGGGAGCGGCGUAUUGCUACAUCGCGAGUUCUGCGAUACGUGUGGCGGGCCGCUUUUGGAAUACGGUGGAAAUGCGGGAGAUAAUAUAUACAUCUUCUACGGUACGAUGGAGGACCACGCCCGCGGUCAGGUUGAGCCUAAGGGCGAGUUCUUCUGCAAGCUACGGGAUCCGUGGAUGCCUAGCGUCGAAGGGUUAUUCCAAAAGCAGGAAAUCAAGCAGUAAUAAGAGAGAUAUCGCUAGUCCCAACAGGACUGGGUAGUAAUGUACUAUUCGGGUAGGCUCUAUUGUAGCAUGAUGGACUAAAUUCAUGUAAACGUGGAUGAGAGAAAGGGGGUUAGGGGGUUAGGGACGUACAAGUCUGAAGGAUAAACGUGGAAACAUAAUAGUAAUAGGAAGUAGGUAUUUAGGUAUGUAUACUAAUUAAAUAACAUGGUAUAUUAAGUUCUGCAAC